GAAUCCUGUCUCUUACAUUUCCUGUCUUUUCAUUAGAGAAUUGAGUUCACACCCAGCUGUGGUUUUGUUCAUGUCUUAAUUUCCAGAGUUGUUACAAGUCCACUAUUGCCUACCGUAAUCAUGGGUCAAUGGACUGAACGACUCGAUCGUGCCGUGGCCGAUAGUGCCUUUGGCCGUCGGUUCAGGUUGGAGAGGUCAGGGCAUAGACGUGAGCGCAAAGGAUCGCGUUUCUCGACAGAAAUCCGUGCUGGUCUUGCUACCUUCUUCGCAAUGGCAUAUAUCAUUUCGGUUAAUGCCACAAUCUUGACAGACUCAGGGGGCACAUGUGUUUGCACAGAUACGAAGGACCCGACGUGUGCAACUGACGUCGAAUACAAUCUUUGUCUGAACGUGAUCCGACGAGACCUCAUCACGGCAACAGCCGCAAUCGCUGCGCUAUCUACAUUCUCUAUGGGAGUCUUUGCCAACAUGCCCAUAGCUUUGGCACCUGGAAUGGGAUUGAAUGCUUAUUUCGCAUACAACGUCGUCGGUUUCCAUGGAACCGGACCAGUUCCAUACAGAUUGGCUUUAACCUCAGUUUUCCUUGAAGGAUUCGUUUUCGUUGGACUCUCCAUUUUGGGCUUGCGUCAGUGGCUUGCAAGGGCUAUUCCACGGUCCAUUAAGCUAGCAUCAAGCGUUGGAAUCGGGUUGUAUCUCUCUCUAAUCGGCUUGACGUAUAGCGCUGGCAUUGGCGCCAUUACGGGCGACACGAGUACUCCUAUCGCUAUUGCUGGCUGUAGGCAAAGUGAUAUGUUAGAAGACGGUACCUGCCCGUCAUGGGCCAAAAUGCGCAAUCCGACUCUGUGGAUCGGUAUCUUUUGCGGCGGUAUCUUGACCUGUAUCCUGCUGAUGUACAGGAUCAAAGGCGCCAUCAUUGCUGGAAUUUUACUCGUUUCCAUAAUCUCGUGGCCGCGCGAUACAAGUAUCACUUAUUUCCCUCACACCCCCGAAGGAGACAAUUCAUUCGACUUCUUCAAGAAGGUCGUCACUUUUCAUCGGAUCGAGAAGACACUUAACGCGCAGAACUUUGACCUUGCCGGCGUCAGCGGACAGCUUGGACUCGCUUUCAUCACAUUUCUCUACGUCGACAUCCUCGACUGCACAGGUACGCUAUAUUCAAUGGCUCGCUUCGCGGGCGCAAUCGACCAAGAGACACAAGACUUUGAAGGUUCAUCCGUCGCGUAUCUUGUGGACGCGUUCAGCAUUUCAAUCGGUUCUUUGUUCGGCUCAUCCCCCGUAACAGCCUUUGUUGAAUCUGGAGCUGGCAUCUCCGAAGGCGGCAUGACAGGUAUAACCGCCAUGGUAACCGGUCUUUGCUUCUUUAUCUCAGUAUUCUUCGCGCCCAUCUUCGCUUCCAUCCCUCCCUGGGCCACCGGUUGCACAUUAGUCCUCGUCGGCUCCAUGAUGACGAAAGCGGCCCCGGAGAUCAACUGGUUAUACCUCGGUGAUGCCGUUCCUGCAUUUGUGACAUUGGCCGUAAUGCCGUUCACUUAUUCCAUAGCAUAUGGUCUCAUCUCCGGCAUCGUCACGUAUGUGAUCCUUAAUACGUUCACUUGGCUCGUUGAUAAAGUCUCAGGCGGUCGCAUCACCCCUGCCAACAGACAUCUGAAAGAUCCAUGGACAUACAAGAUCCCCGGUGGCAUACUUCCAGCUUGGAUUGUGCGCCUCGCUCGCGGGAAGAAGGAUUUCUGGCGCGAGGAACCGAAAGAAAGUAGAAUUACAUCGUCUGUUUACACGCUAUCUUUUCGGGGUGCAGCGCCAGGAACGGUCGUCGCGUUGGAUACUGUUGUGGAUAAGUAGAUGGCUUCUGGCGACUUAAAUGUCAACGCAGAAGACCUUAUAACGAGGGGGUCUAAGUUUAUUCCCAACUCGCAGAGGUAUAAUGGAUAAACUACUUGAUAUUGGUUAGUUAGCUACAAUAUUGGUAAGAGUACGACUUGACGCAGAUAUACAUAUAGAGAUUUCUAU